AUGAAUUCAUUGGCCACUUUGAAAUUUGUCAAUAUUGAAAACAAUGAUUUGUAAAGUCAUUUUCCAAUUGAUCCAAAUGCAGAUAUCAUAUUGGUUUUGAAUGGCAAAGAAACUUUUUAAUUGUAGAUCAGGUUACUUAAAAAAAGAAGCCAAUAUUUCGAAACGCAACUGCAUAAUAGUGACUCCAAAUUUAAAGUUAUACCCGGCAAACACGAUGGAGUAGUAUUUUAAAAAAUACUCAACUGUUUUUAUGGUUACCAGUAUCACAUUUACAAAGCUGAAGAAUUUUACUCUGCUUAUAAAAUCUCUCACUUUCUAUAAAUUAAUAAUUUUAUCACUACUCUUUAGGAUUCAUUAUACGAAAACUUCCAAAGAAUAGAUAUUCAUAUUGUAUUAACACUAGCUGAAUUAUAUGAAAUUGAAUCACUAAGAGAAAAAUAUAUUGAUUAUUUGGAUGAAAAUCCUCAAUUAUGGAAAAUCAUAUUGCCCAUACAAAAAUUAGAGUUUUAUCGAUAAAAUUAUUAUUCUAUUUGUUGCACUAAACAAAAUGAUGACAUCCCUAUCAAUGUUUUACAUUUAAAAGAAGACAUCCUAAUCAAACUUCUAUCAUUUCACAAUGAAUAAAAAAAUAAGAAAUCCUUUCCUGAAAAGUUCUUAACUCCAGAUGAUAUUCUCAAAAUUAUACAAUUUCAAACUUAAGAAGAAAGGCAAGAAAACACAAUUAAAAUUGUCAACUCUAUAUACAAAGUUGAAGACAUCUAUUCAGACAAUGAUGCUAGAAGAUUGCAAACCUUCAUGGGCAAAUCAUACUCCAGCAGCGUCAAUUCAUCUUCUUGUUCCGAUAGGUCCUCCAAACUUAUUAUCGAAUAACAGAGAGAUAUUGAAGAACUUAAAAUGAAGUUAUAAUGCUCAAUCAAAGAGAAUAAUGAACUAUAAUUAAAAUCUAAGAUGCUCGAAGAAAGAAUUGAAAAUCUACAAUAAUUAAUUGAAAAUCAAAAGAAAACCUCAAUCAACGCUAGCAAUUUGAAUAAUUCGAAUUCCUAAGACAUUGAGUCCUCCUAAUUUGUAUUACAACAAGUAGCUGAAUCUAUUCCAUUGGAGAGUUCAUCGAUCGAUUAAAGUGACAACACAUUUUUUAAAAGCCAACUGCAUUUCAAUAGCACACCUCAAACGGUUUUCACCCUGUCAGAACUCUCUUAUUUGGGAGAGAUUUUGAAUGCCAAAAUCUAUCAGUAAAUUAAAUUCAAAUUAUUGUAUCGAGGAACCGAGAAUAAUUUUUAUCUUGCAUCAGAAGAAUAGUUAACCUCUAUUAAAAAAGCAACUUCCAUCUUGAUUCUUAUUCGAUCAGUAGACAAUGAUUCAGUUUUUGGAAUAUUUAAUUAAAACAGUCGAAUAUAAAUAAUUAAUUUUUAAAGUAAGAAAAGGGUGGAUUACAAAAAAGAGUUGAAAUUAGCUAUCAAUUCCAACUAUUUAUUAAAACUUGGCAAUGAUAUUGAGAUAUUCGUUGAUUGUUGUAAUAAAAAAAACAAUAUCUGCAAUAAUAUAAAUGGAUUAGGUUGUUUAGCUGGUAAAACUGAAUUUCAAGUAGAUGAGCUUGAAAUUUAUGAGUGUUCUAUCCAUAAUGAAAUUGUGUGA